AUGAUGAAAGCCUUUGUCUUUGCCGCACUGCUUGCAGUCACUCUUGCAUUCGUUCCAAUCGAUCACCAAUCCUUCGUUGAAACCCUCACCGGAAAAGCUUUGGUUGAUUAUGUCAACUCUGCCCAAUCCCUUUUCAUCACUGAACACGUCGAUGUCUCCGAGGAAUUCAUGAAGUCCCGUGUGAUGAAUGUCAAGUACGCUUCUCCUCCCCCCUCCGAUGAGAUCCGUGCCACUGAGGUCAACACUGUUCUUGCCACCAUCCCAGAAACUUUCGAUGCUCGUACCAAAUGGCCAAAAUGCAAGUCCAUCAAGCUCAUCCGUAAUCAAGCCAACUGUGGAUCAUGCUGGGCUUUCGGUGCUGCUGAGGUUAUUUCUGACCGUAUUUGCAUUGCGACCAAGGGAGCAAGACAACCAGUUAUUUCCCCAAUGGAUAUGGUUGAUUGCUGUGGGGAAUACUGUGGUUAUGGAUGUGACGGUGGAUAUUCCAUCCAGGCUCUCAGAUGGUGGGUCUUCGAUGGAGUUGUCACUGGGGGAGAUUACCAGGGAGAUGGUUGCAAACCAUACCAAUUCUGCAACUCUGCAGGAUGUCCUGAUGCCGUGACCCCGGAAUGCGCUUUGAGCUGCCAGUCAAAAUACAAUACGGAAUACGCAAAAGACAAGAACUUUGGAACCUCAGCCUACUAUGUUGGAAUGACUGUUAAUGCUAUCCAAACCGACAUCAUGACUAAUGGUCCAGUUGAGGCUUCUUUCAAAGUCUACGAAGACUUCUACAAAUAUAAAAGUGGAGUGUACAAGUACAUCGCCGGAAAGAUGCUUGGAGGACAUGCCAUCAAGAUUAUUGGGUGGGGAACUGAGAAUGGAACUGCAUACUGGCUCAUCGCCAAUUCCUGGGGAACCAAAUGGGGAGAAAACGGAUUCUUCAAGAUUCGUCGUGGAGUCAAUGAAUGUGGAAUUGAAAAUAACGUCGUCGCCGGAAAAGCCGACGUGGAUACUUUGUGA